CUGAAAGUGAGCGGCGGUAUGGCUGAUGAGAAGAAAGGGCAGCAAGCCUCCAAGAAGGGUGCGAAGAAAAGUAUCAAGAAGGCGCCAGCGAAGGGCGGCAAGAAGAGGAGGCGGUCCAGGAAAGAAAGUUACUCCAUCUACAUCUACAAAGUGAUGAAGCAGGUUCACCCCGACACCGGCAUCUCUUCCAAGGCCAUGAGCAUCAUGAACUCGUUCGUCAACGAUGUUUUCGAGCGCAUCGCGGGGGAGGCUUCCCGCCUGGCCCAUUACAACAAGCGCAGCACCAUCAGCUCCCGGGAGAUCCAGACCGCCGUGCGGCUGCUGCUGCCCGGGGAGCUGGCCAAGCACGCCGUGUCGGAGGGCACAAAGGCGGUGACCAAGUACACCAGCUCCAAGUGAAGGACCGCAUUGUACUGAAACAAACAUCCACAACUCAAAGGCUCUUAUAAGAGCCACCCACAACUUCCCAGAGA